AUGGACACAGUGGAGAUAUUUGAUUCACCAGGAAAAGGCAGAGGGCUCAGGGCUACCAAAGAAUUCUGGGCUGGAGAUGUUGUCUUUUCCGAGCAAAGCAUUGCAGCUGUUGUAUUUGAUACCCUUGCAGAGCGCAUCUGUCACAGUUGUUUCCGAAGACAAGACAAGCUCCAAAGAUGUGGCCAGUGCAAAUUCGCCCAUUACUGUGACAGAACCUGCCAGAGAGCCGGGUGGACCGAACACAAGCAGGAAUGUGCUGCUAUCAAGGCCUACGGCAAAGCACCCAAUGAGAGCAUCCGUCUGGUGGCUCGGAUCAUGUGGCGUUUGGACAAAGAUGGCAGUAAAGUGUCUGAUAUGCAGCUGACCACGCUGGACGAGCUGGAGGACCAUAUCACUGACAUGCCAGAAGAUGAGCUCAAAGAGUUCAAAGUGGACAUCCAUAACUUCCUGGACUACUGGCCCCGCAACAGCAAGCAGCACACAAUAGACGUCAUCUCACACAUAUUUGGAGUGAUUAACUGUAAUGGCUUCACGGUGAGCGAUCAGAGGGGUCUUCAGGCCGUGGGGGUGGGCCUGUUCCCAAACCUGUGUCUGGUGAAUCACGACUGCUGGCCCAACUGCACGGUCAUUCUCAACCACGGAAAUCAAUCGGCUGUGAAUACUUUAUAUCAUUCUCAACAGAGGAUUGAGUUGCGCGCUUUGGGGAAAAUCGCAGAGGGGGAGGAGCUGACUGUGGCCUAUGUGGACUAUAUCAACUUAUCCGAGGAAAGAAAGAGACUGUUGAAAGUGCAGUACUUCUUCGACUGCACGUGUGAACACUGCACAAACCACACCAAAGACGAUAUAAAGUUGGGAGGACGAGAAGUGGAUGGAGUCAAGCCAACAGAAGAACAGGUGAAAGAAGCCACAGAUUUCUGCUAUCAAAUGCUCGAGAAAAUGGACCAAGCUCGGUUAAGAGGCGACUAUCAUGAAGUGGUGAAAAUCUGCAGGGAAACUAUUGAGAAAACAGAGCCCAUUUUGGCUGACACUCACAUCUAUCUGAUCAGAAUGUGGAGCACGAUGAGUGAAGUCCAGGCUUACCUUCAGUACAACGAAGACGCUGCAGAAUACUCACGCAAAAUGGUGGACGGAUACAUGAAAAUCUACCACCCAAACAAUGCGGCUCUGGGUAUGGCUGCCAUGCGAGCUGGAGUGAACCACUGGCAGGCUGGGAAAAUUGAAACUGGACAUGGGAUGAUCUGCAAGGCCUAUGCUAUUCUAAUGAUCACACAUGGACCCACACACCCCAUCACCAAGGACCUCGAGGAAAUGAGGAUGCAGACGGAGAUGGAGCUGAGGAUGUUUAAGGAGAAUGAAUACGUGUACUACAGCAUGAGAGAGGCCGCUCUGAAGAACAGACCCAUGACCAUGAUGAAUGAACCCAAGUCUGUGGAGGAAGGCAUCAAAAACUUGUUCCACCGGAGAAAAUAAGCCACUCUUUGCCAUUUUGUUUACACUUUUCUGCUUGCCUAAUGGUCUAAGCAUGUCCAACUGUUCACUUUUUGUAAUAUAACUUUUAAUAAAUUAUGUGACUUCACA